GGGGGCGCCGUUCGGCGACUCCAUAACCGUGACCCAUCCAAUCUUGCGGCCGGUCUUAUCGUAGUGACCUUUUUCGGUCACCAUCCAGCCAUGUCGACCGGAAUGAUCGAGGUCCUGGAACUGGAGCUACGAAAUAUUCAAGAUCGUUUGAGCCACCUUGAGGCCGCCACCGACCCGCAGCCGGACGCGCCGGUGUCGGACGACGAGAAGCCGCCACAGCCGGGACCGCCAGUGGAUCCUGAGGAGCGGAAUGGGAAGGAGCCGGGCUUGGUGAAGGUGAGCUUGGAUGAGAGCGUUUGGAGUCUGGCAGUCGUCGUGGGCCUGGAGAAGAGCUCCUUCAAUGGAUUCUUCGAUUGCUUCGUGUCCGGAGGGCUGGCACUCAUGACCAUCAUUGCUCAAAGCCUCUUCCUUGGGAUCUUGCUCUCACAGGCUUUCCUCCGACCUCCAGAGGAGCAAUUGAUGGAGGCCCGUUUGUGGCGAAACCGGAUGGCUCAUGAUGCGAAGUUCAUGGACUUGUCGGGUCACAGUUGGGCUUGGCGCGUCUGUGAGAAUUUUGAAGGCUUUUGGGGUUCCAAGCUACGAGAGAUCAAUGAUCACUUGGCGCUCCGGCCCAAUGACUUGGAGAUGACUUCUGCUUUUCGUCCGGGCUCAGUGAUGUGUAUCUUGUGCAUCUUCCUUUGGAGUCUGAUGGUCAUGAAGGAAGUGAGGAUGUACUGGCUGACCUGUCAGGGUUUGUAUUGGGCACCCAGGUCUGAGGAGAGCACUGAAGGGAGAACAGUGUCCGUGUCGUCCUGCCGUGUGUGGUCUCUAAUUUUUGUGUACUUCCUGCGCACAGCCAUUGCAAGCGCUCUUUUGGCUGGUGGUGUACUUUGGCUGGCGAAAACCACCUCUCUCUUGGAGAUGAUGUUCAUGACAGCAGCCUUUCCGAUGAUCCUCAAUAUCGACAAACACGUCUUUGCUGCAAUCAUGCCAAUGGAGAUCAAGCUGGGUAUUCAGAAGUUUCCUCCUUUUCAGUUGACAUACAGCCGAGUACAUAGUCAGAUGGAGGCUUUUCUGGGUGCUUUCUUGAUAGCAACUGUGCUUUUGGUCACAUAUUCCCAGCUCAUAGGUCCACGGGAGAGUUUGUUUCUUCAAGUGAAACGUGAGCUAUGUGCUGGACACUUGGACUUUGUGGCUUCAUAUAAUCCUGAUACCCAACUGACAUAUGCCAUGAGAGAAAUGGCAGAGGUGCCUGCAGUUCGCGCAGUCGAAGACUACAAAUUCAGCUCCAGUUCCGCCUGUUCCUCUGGUUCCUGCUGGAAGCCUCUGAUCUUCACCGAAGCUCGCCGCUUUUGGCUGGAUACCUCGAGGACCAUGCAGCAGGAGGCGCAGAAGGCGCCCUGCUGGGAGCUGAGCUCCAACGAGAGCGACGCCACCUGGGCGUUGCUUCGGAGCUCCGCAGCUCGAGCUCUGCUCGUGGCGCCCGGUGAGACCGAAGCUCCCAGCUGCGAAGAGAUGGCCGACAGGUGCCUGGAGCCAUCGGCGAGGCUUCUGAGACUGGCCUGUGGAGUCACCUGCGGAUGUACAGAGCUCAAAUCGCCCUGGUACAGAGUGGAAGCACAAGGAUGUUCUUCCAAAUGCCUGGCGCAGAGCGCGCCAAGCCUCCUGAACAACCCUUGUGAUAAUGUGGUCUCCAAUCAGACCUGGAAUGAUCUUUGGGACGAGUAUGUACCUGUCUUGUCCGGCUUCUUGAAGAGAAACCUGAGCCAGGAUGAGACGUCAGCCGCUUCGCAGCUGCAGCAAAGCGUUCAGGGAAUGAAGUCAGAAGGUUGUGGCUACUUGCUGAAAGAGCCUUUUGAAUGGCACACAGGUGCCAAGUGGUGCGAGGGGCACCCAGAUUUGUUCCGACCCUUUGCCGAUCUCUGCCCUGAAAGCUGUGGGCUUUGCAUCUAAGAUGAAGCCCCAACAUCAGGGAGAUUCAGGGAAUUUCCAUGUGGAGCCAAACUCAAAACACUUGAAGAAUGACGAAAACGCAGGCUUUCUUCCCUUUUCAAAACAAUGAACAAGUCAAUUUGUAAAUUUGUGUUUCACGUCAAGACUCUUGACGCCAACGUCACCAAAGUGACCUCGGCUGCCGAAGACUCAUCUCGGAUGCGAAAUGAA